AUGGCAAUGAACGAGUCAGCAUUGGAACAGCUUUGCAUGGAGUACGGAGAGGCGAUUAGUGAGCCGAACGUCACGCUCGGUAUCAUCUAUAUCGUAUCGGGGAUAAUUUACAUUGCACUUCAGCUGCUAUGUUCAUGCGUAAUCUCGCAAAAGGAUCUGAUGGUGAACUCGUGCUUCAAGUUGAUGUUAUCGAUGUGUAUUUUGGAUGUUUUAACACUAAUGUUCACUGCCAUCUUCAGUGGUUUUUUGUCGAUAAUCGGUGCGAGUAUAUGUGUUUACCCGGUGAUGACAUCCAUCAGUGGUCAUAUCGCGUUCGGUAUGGCAAACGUUCUUCUUUGA